AUGGACACAGUAUUCGGGAUGGCCCGUUGGGCGAUCGCUCAGCCCCGUCAAGGAUGGAUGGGCGUCAGCGCACUGGCAAUCGUGCUGGUAUUUCUAGCGAUUGUGUCUGCCGGUCUCUUCCUCUUUUUGCGAGGAGCUUUGGUCCCUUUCAGAGAUCUUCCAGGUCCGGCCCCCGAUCACUGGUUCUAUGGCAGUUUCAAGACGCUCAUGGCCAGUCCUAGCGGGGCGAUGGUUGACAAAUGGACAAAACAAUAUGGCACGACUUUUCGCUGGACGUCCAUCUUUCGUCGACCUGAGAUCAUCUCUCUGGAUCCUGCCGUCGCUUCUUACGUCUGGUCGCAUCCUGACACGUUUGACAGAGCUCAAUCGAGUCUCACGCAAUUCAAAGAACUCAUCGGGCCAUCUGUCCUCAGUUCAGCCGGCGACGAGCAUAAGCGAAUGAGGAGGGCCCUGCUUCCUGCCUUUAGCGUCGCUCAGAUGAGGAACAAUCUUCCGAUAUUCUGGAAGAAAGCCUACCAGUUCAAGGACAAGUUGGCACAGCAAAUUGGAGAGCACGGAAAGGAUAUAAAUCCUGUCAAGCUGUUGGAUCAAUUGACAAUCGACAUCAUCGGUCGUGCAGGCUUCAAUCACGAAUUUAAUUCGCUCGGCGAUGGUCAAGACGAGCUCUUGAAAGCAUUUCAGAGGAGGCAAGUAGCGAACACUGUCAGCGGGAUGGUAAGGAUGUUGCAAUUCACCGGGGUACCGGUCGGUCGUCUGUUUCCCAACAAGACGCAGCGGGAGUCUCAGGAGGCAAAGAGGCUAUCUUACAAGCUUUCAAAAGAGAUCUACGACAGGAGUGUCCAAGCUGUGGCCGGGGACACUGACGCGAAGAUAUCAAAGGGGGAUAUUGUGGAGUCGGAUCUCAUCUCGGUGCUCAUCAAGUCAAACAUGGCGUCUGACGUCCGUUCCGAGCAGAAGAUGUCGGCCGAGGAGAUCAUUGGUAACAUGUUUGCAUUUAUUCUCGCCGGCAAUGUCACAACAUCGAGGACGCUGGUGUGGGCGCUCCAUGUCUUAUCCACGAGACAAGACGUCCAGGACAAUUUACGUACCGAGCUAUCGCGAGUCCCCUUGGAUGAGUUGGAAUUAGAUGAGCUCAACGAACUCCCAUACCUCGAGGCCUUCGUCCGCGAGCUCCUGCGACUGUAUACGCUCGUGCCGAUGAAUGUUAGACAAGCCACCAAAGCGACGACUAUUUCCUUGUCUCGACCGAUCAAGGGUCGAAGCGGAAAGACGAUUGAUACGCUCCGCAUAAACAAGGGAACGACUGUGCUUUUACCGCUCCUCAAUAUCAAUACUUCGACCGAAUUCUUCGGCCAAGAUGCCGAUACCUUUCGUCCGGAAAGGUUUUUAGACAGGUCAAAGGAAGGGCAAUCCUGGUCAUCGGUCCCUGGUAUCUACGGUAACAUCACGACCUUUACGAACGGCUCCCAUGCCUGCCUAGGGUACCGCUUUGCAAUGAUUGAGAUCAAGGUCGUCAUUUUCGUCCUCCUCAGGGGAUUCACCAUCAAUGCGGUACCUGGUCAGAGUGAUGUCGUCAGACAGGGAGCCAUCGGUAUAUCUGUGCCCGUUGUUAAGGGAGCAAAGGUGCCUGGUCUCAGCUUCAACAUACGACCUAACGUAAAGUAA